UUCGGUGUUGAUUUCCUGUAAAUCAUUUACACAAUAAAUAGCCUACAACGGCACUGAUCAGUAUUCGAAUCGUAUAAUAAUAGCCGAAUUAAAUUUCGAAUCUUAUUUACAGUAAACGUACAGAUGUUUUGUUCAAAGAAAGGUCGUAUUUUCUCUCAUCGUUCCAAUGUAGAUUGUCCUACUACUCGAUCCGUAGGUUUGUUUCCGGAAAUGCUAUUGUUUUUGUGUAUGCUUUUUGCGUUGGCUCUAACUAGCUAACAAGCUAACUGCCAUCUCUCAUUAUCUCUGUUAUUUAUAUUUAUUACAAUAGCCUCAUAUACAUUAACUGCUGCAUCUUAUCUCUCGAAAUGAUAAAAACAUGUAUUACUAGGACAGUCACUGAGUCAGACAACAACUUCCAAUAGUAGCUAGAUUUGCUAGCCUGUUAACACAGACGGAAGGGUUAGUUUCCAGUAUAUUUGCUGCAAACGUUAGCUUCCUAUCAUUUUUUUUGACUCGAUCGCAGGACUGAUUCGCCUGUACAAAAGUAACUAAACGUUACGAAUUCGUAACUAUCUAGUUACACAUAGACAGUUUGCUAUGAUGUCCGAAGCCAAAAUAACCUUCCAGUCUCAGCUCUCCGGAGUCAUGGAGACGGUAUUCAAGGCUGCUAUGUACGAGAUCACAAGGCUGGUGGACGAUAGCUUCAUGAAGGAAGUGUCCCAGAGCCGGGAGCAGGUCGAGUCGCUGAAGAAGCGGCUGCAGUGGUCGGAGAACAGACGCAGGGAUAGGGACAGAGAGGGAAGCCGUAUCGGGAAGUGUGCGGACUGUGGAAGAGCUAACAACGAAGCCAAGGAGAGAAGCUCUGGAGCCUCACAGACAGGUGUGGAGAGGGGGCGUGGCCUGAAGCAGGAGAAGGUACUAGGGGAGGAGUGGAGCAGCUGUGGGGGCGUGGCCGAGGAAACAGCCUCGCAUGACCUGGAGGAGGCCGAUGCCAUCAGCCCUAGGAGAACCUCUGAGCCCGCAGACGGAGGUCAAAAGCUGGACAGCCUGCUGAAAGAGGAAGCUCUCCACAACACUGAACUACAGGAGAGAUGGGGCGUCUGCCUGGACGGGGCCGACGGUUCAGACGUCUCGGGGCCCAGUAAGAGUUUCAGUGAGCAGGAGCUGCAGCAGUGCCAGGAUGACUGGGGGUCUGGUCUAGACCAGGAUCCUGAACCAUCGGGUCCCGAGGGAGACUCAGUGGACCCCACCGACCCUCUCUACCGCCCCCGCUACAGCAUGGAGGAACUGGGGGUCAGCUUUGAGAAGUCUGGUUACGGCAGUAGUGGUAGUGGCGACCAUCUUCUAGACAUGGAAGGGCUGGAUAGGCUUCCUGGUUCUCCGUCUCGUCUGGGAGCGCUGAGCUACGGAGCUACAGGUCACUACCAGGUGAACCUCGGGGGAUCUGAGGGGGGAGACCAUCACCAUCGCUCCCACACGCCUGGCCCCCAUCGGAGCCAGAGGGAGCAGGUGGGGUCGCCAAUGCCAUCCCCCCACCCAGAGGUGGGAGACCUGAACUGCCUGUUGAUCAACGAGGAGGGGUACCCUGAACACGGUGUUCCGGACUUGGGUAGUAGAGCUGGCCACAGGGGGCUAACCUCCAUCCACUCUGGAAGCUCAGCCACAGAGAGCCUGUAUGGUGCUGCUGACGACUUUGGACACUCUUUAAACCUCAGAAAUCGUUCACAAGAGCAGGUAACAGGAGGAGGGGGGAGGCAUCAUGCCUGCAAUCAAUGUUCAAUGACCUUCCCAGAUUCUGGUUCCCUCAAGGCCCACAAGCAGAAACACAAAACUGGGAGAUGGUCGAAUUCAGGGCCAGGGACUCCAUACUCCCGCACUCAGUGCGGUAAGACCUUCACCCAGGCCUGCAACAUCAAGGUUCAAGCCGAGGGACGCCACCUCUGCAGCCAGUGUGGCAAGGGCUUCACCUCCUUCUCUGACUUGAAGAGGCACACAUGCAGCCAGACUGCAGACAAGCCCUACUGCUGCUCUCUCUGCGGGAACAAGUUCAGUCGGCUCUGGAACCUCAAACUGCACCGACGCAUUCACACACAGGAGAAACCCCACCGCUGCACCAUGUGUGACAAGAGCUUCACACGGGCAGACAUUUUGAAAGUCCACAAGCGCACCCACACCGGGGAGAGACCGUACUGCUGCGCUGUAUGUGGACACCGCUUCAAACAACUUAACCAUCUGAAGUCACACCAGCACAAACACAGGCCGGAUCUCCUGAGCAGAGUGGUGGUCUAGAAAACUGUUUAAUUUGACAUUGAGAACAAUUUUUGGGGUGAUCAAUUGCUUUUUAAUAAGGACAUUGAAAAUAUUAACUGUUGGAAAUCCAUGUUAAAUAAGAAUGUAUGCCUUAAAUUAUAGACUAUGAAUUGUCUGUCAUAAUGACCAUGUCAACCUAACAAAUAUUUGAAUAUAGGGCAUUCAUGUGCUUAUGGGAUGGUGUAAGUCUGCCAUGAUUGUGUUCAAGUGCUUUUGAUGUCAGACCAAUAAAAAGCUUGCUUACCAUUGACAAUAUGGUCAAACUUAUCGUAAUUUUGAUGUUUUGGGUGAAAGGUCAGUAGUAAAAAGUCAAACUGACAAUAUUUUGUCAGUUUCCCACUUGCAAUUACGACCUGGAGGGUUAAGUCCAGCCCAGAUGUUUUAUAUAAAAACACUAAAGUAAUAGUUUUAUUGAAUUGAAUUCAUUGGGCCCAAAUCUAUGGAUUUCACGACCGGGAAGACAUAUGCAUGGGACUCAGGAUCUCGUCAUGGUCUUUCUGUGCAUUGAAAUAGCCAUUGAUAGAAUGCAAUUAGCCUAUGCCUGCCCAUAACAUAACCCCACCAUGGGAUACUGUUUGACAAAACUGCACAUUUUAAGUGGACAUUAUCCCCAGCACAAGGUGCAUUUGUGUAAUAAUUAUGCCACACCUGUCAGGUGGAUGGAUUAUCUUGGCAAAGGAGAAAUGCUCACUAACAUGGAUGGAAACAAAUGUGUUUAAUUUGAGAGAAAUACGCUUUUUGUGGGUUCUUUUAUUUCAGCUCAUGAAACAUGGGACCAACAUUUUACAUGUUGCGUUUAUUUUUGUUCAUUGUAGUUCAAAACCGCAGAACAUAAACACCAUGAUGUGAACACAGUACACCUACAUUUAAACUUGUUAAGGCUUCAAACUUUUCUUAUGAAUAACGAAUUAUAGCAAAUAACCAGAAUUCAUGUUUUAAAUACAAAUAACCAACUCAGUCUCAACUAAAAUAAAACAAUUUGUAAAAACA